AUGGACGCCAGUAGCAACGCAGGCACAAAAACAAUCCUCGUCCGUGAUGACGCAACCCAUGAAAUAGUUCUCGCCAUCGACGAGAGGACGGCGACGGCGAACGAGAGGCUCAAGGCUCAGUUCUCCAAGGUGGACACCAAGAUCCACCGGUUCCCCCGCGGCCUCCAGGGGAUCGGCGGCGACAGCGACCGCUACAUCGUGCCGAGCGUGGUGGCCAUCGGCCCGUACCACCAUGGCUCGCCGCACUUGCAGAAGAUGGAGGAGGUCAAGCUCGCCGCGGCCUACCACCUUUGCAAACACUCAAGUCGCUCCACUUCCAUGGAGGUCUACGAGAAGAUCUUGUCCGUCGUCGGAGAUGCCCGUGGAUGUUACGACGCCGAUGACCCGUCGCUGGUGGGCCUCAGCGACGCCGACUUCGCGACCAUGAUGCUCCUCGACGGCUGCUUCCUGCUGCAGUACAUGCUCGGCGGCGGGGACGAGCCCGUGCUGCAGAACCGGAUGACGCUCUCCACGGGGCCCAGCAUCCAGAGGGACAUCUUCCUGCUCGAGAACCAGAUCCCCUGGCUGGUGCUGGAGGUGCUCACGGAGUUCAUGAACGUCGAUGUGCGAAGGUUUGUCAGCGGAAUGCAGGAGAAGUUUCAACCUGGAAAGGGGAAGGAGGAAGUCCGGUGCUGGAUGCAUUGCGGAUCCACCCCGAUGCCCGACGAAAGAGGCCCUCCUGGCCAACGAGACCGCGGGGUCAACAUUGGCAGCGAUGCCGACGACUACACGCCGCCGCAUCUCCUUGGCCUGCUCUGGUACACUCAGAUCGGCAGCAUGCCCGCGAACGUGAAGAACUACAAGGGCAUCGUGUCGUCACUCAAGUCCAGCAGCGCCGCGGAGCUCGCGGAGAUCGGCGUCAAGCUGACACCGAGCACCAAGCCAUGGUUCGGGGACAUGAGCUUCCAGUACCGGCGCCGCCUAUUCGGCAAGCUGUCCCUGUCGCCGGUGUUCCUGAACGACAUCACCGCGUGCUGGCUGGUGAACAUCGCGGCGCUGGAGGCGAGCACCUCGGGCGCGAGCAUGGAGUCCGACGGCUACACCGUGAGCUCGUACCUGUCGGUGCUGGCGAUGCUCAUGGACAGGGAAGAGGACGUGCAGAAGCUGCGAGCCAAGAAGCUGCUGUACAGCACCUUCAGCGACAAGCAGGCGCUGCACUUCUUCAAGGGGCUCGCCCAGCACCUGCGCUUCGGCGACCGCUAUUUCUCCAUCUUGGAAGCCAUCUACUCCUACAGGCGGCGCUGCUCGGUGCUCAUCUUCAUCCACCGCCACCUCUACAACGGCUACAAGGCCAUGACCAUCGCCACCCUCUUCUCCAUCGUCGGCGUGCUCGUUGGAAUCUUCAAAACUAUGCUCUCCAACAAAAAACAGUAA